CACAGUAAAGAUGGCGUCGGGUCGGGCGUUCGAGGAGGUCACAGUCAGUAUUUUGCAUGAGGAUGGCAGUCGGACGAAGAAAUACACCGAACCUGUCACUCUAUUUCUCGAAUAUGACCCCCAUGGAUUAUCCUGUAAAGUUAGAAGAGGUAAUACAGAUCUGCUGGACAUACCAAUUGACGCCAAAACGGAAUGUUGCCGGCUAGGCUCUAAAUCAUAUUUAUUUUACUCCCCACAUGAAGACCUUCUCGUAACCUUUACCUCGGAGUCAGAUUCUAGAAGAUUUCACAGAAUAAUUUAUAAGAUGCGGCAGGGGAAGGAAGCAUCUGUGUUUAAUGAGAGAACAGAUGACUCCAGUGCGACCCAGUACUUUCAGUUCUACAGUUACCUGUCACAACAGCAGAACAUGAUGCAGGAUUACAUCCGGACAGGCACUUACCAGCGUGCCAUUCUGUCUAAUAUGAGUGACUUCAAAGACAAGAUCAUCCUGGACGUGGGAGCCGGCUCAGGUAUCCUCUCAUUUUUCGCUGCCCAGGCUGGUGCACGGAAAGUGUAUGCUGUUGAGGCUUCAUCGAUGGCGCAGCAUUGUGAGAUGUUGGUCAGAGCCAACAACCUUCAGGAUACCAUCGAAGUCAUUGCCGGCAAGAUUGAAGAAAUUGACCUUCCCGACAUGGUUGACAUGAUCAUCUCUGAGCCCAUGGGUUACAUGCUGUACAAUGAACGCAUGUUAGAGACUUACCUUCACGCCAAGAAGUGGCUUAAGCCGUGUGGACGCAUGUUCCCAUCGCGUGGGGACCUCCAUGUUGCCCCCUUCAAUGACGAGACCUUGUACUACGAGCAGCUGAACAAGGCUAACUUCUGGUAUCAGAAUUGUUUCCAUGGUGUAGAUUUAUGCCAGCUUAGAGAACAAGCAUUAAAUGAGUACUUGCGCCAGCCCAUAGUAGAUACCUUUGAUAUCGGUACCUGCCUGGCCAAAUCAAUUCGUCACUCCCUUGACUUUCUGACUGCACAAGAGAAAGAUCUCCAUCAUCUAGUUAUCCCGUUAGAGUUCCACAUCCUGAAAUCCUGCACAAUGCAUGGCCUGGCCUUCUGGUUCGACGUAGCCUUCCUAGGGUCCACGCAGACAGUGUGGCUAUCCACUGCACCAACAGAGCCCCUUACUCAUUGGUAUCAGGUGCGGUGUCUGUUAGAGAAACCAAUAUUCGUUAAAGAAGGGCAACUGGUUACAGGGACAGUGGAGCUGAUUGCAAACAGGAGACAGUCCUACAAUGUGAAGAUCAUGGUCCGAGUUGAGGGCACCACGACUGUGUCCUCCAACACGCUAGACCUGAAGAACCCCUAUUUCCGGUACACAGGCGUUGCACCACAGCCACCACCGGGGAAUAACACAGUCUCACCCUCAGAAUCUUAUUGGCAGCAGAUGGAUGCCCUCGGUGCUAAGGAAGCGCUAAAUAUGGUGAAUGGCAUCACGGUGAACGGGCUUGGAGAAGUGGCACUAGAACAAGGACCUUCUCUCAUCACCCUUGGCCAACAGGUCCAGCUUGGCAGCAUUAGCUUGGGCUCGCACCUGAACGUACCGAUGCAGGUGGGGACUUACGGCCGAACCCUCUCUUCCACACAGGGCAACUUCUCCCCAAGCACUCAGACAUCACGCCAGUCAACUGUUGGCAGCAGCACAGCCAUGGGAGGAGGGAACUUCCCCGUUAACAGUGCCCUGAUGAUUGGUGAUUACGUGACCCCAGGAUCCAUUGUGCUGCCCACGCAGGGUAUCCAGCUGGGUGGCCACUCCUCCCUGAGCAGCAGCGGAGGAGGGGGGGUACGCUCCCCGACCCAUUGACCGGGACUGUUGCAGACCUCCUCCCUUCUGGCGCAGGAAGUCGAUCCCGAGCAGCUCUCUUCAUUGACUCUUGAGGCCGUCCUGCUCGGCCUGCAUGCUGCCAGAUGAAGGUGGAGAGUUUGCCUACAUGUGUGGCUGCCCUUGUGGAGAUGACAUAGCAGAAGGGGGAGAGGUUCCGCCAACUGAUCCUUGUCCUCGUAUGACUAUUACGAAAGAAGCAAGGGACUUUGGCAAAGUUUGAGAGGAGGAAACAUUAGGAAAUGAAAUCGAUGGGAGACUUUUGAAAGAGAUGAAGAUAAAACAAACUCAAAGUGGCUAUUUUUUACAUAAUGGUUGUCUUCAUAAUUUUUUUUUUUUUUUUUAAUUAUUAUCAUCAUCAAUAUUAUUAUUUUAAAGUUACAUUCUUUCUCUUAUAUGUAUGAGGGUGUGGAUGCUUGGUAAUCUCUUGAAACCUGACAAGAUAUAUAUAUGUGCACAUAGCUCAGGGUUUUCUUUCCAUCUUCCAUUUCUUCUCUGUUGUCUCUAAUCAACAAUUGAAAGAGUAUAUCAAGAGAAUAAUCUGCAAGUAAAAGUAACUUUUUUAUGCUUUUGUCUUCGACCAAGCAUUUCCCCUGCAGCGUCUUGGAGAAAGAAUUCUUCAUAUUGUACAGUUAACCUGGAUUUUUGUAUAACAUUGAGGAAAAUUUGGACCUGGCUCAUUGCUCAUGUCAAAGAAGCCCAUUGUAUUUGUAUAGCACUUGUACAGAAUACUUUAGAUGGAUUGAUUGGGCUGUUUUUGCUCUUGUAAGGAAAGAUUUUUUAAAAACUUUUGGCUUAGACUGUACACUUUGUUUCUUAUUAGUUUCUUGAAAACAAACAUUGCAUAAUUUCAUACUGUGUGAUCGUCAUUUUAGAAGCUGUUGGUUAAAUAUCCCAAAAUUUCAGGCAUCAGGUGAUAAUGAUGUUUUGUUAUAUAUUUAAGAAUGAAAGUAUUGGGAUAUUUGGUUUAGAAUGUAUAAUUAUUUCAUGUUUCUCUCAAAUGAGCUUUUCAAGAAUAAAAGCUUGCUAGAUACUGCAGUACACUACCAAACGCAAAUGCAUAUACACAUGAAUUCUCUCAAUAUAAACAUGUACAUAUUUAGCUAUACUUAAACAUAUGCAUUGGUGUAAAAAUAUACAUACAUAUGUACAUAUGUAAGUACAUAUGUACAUGUAUGCCCUCACAUAUACCAUCACAUGCCCUCACACAUACAGACAUGUACAUACAUAUAAAUAAACACAUACACAUACAAAAUAGAUGAGAGAAAGAAAGUGAGAGAAUGAAUAUGAAUACAAAUACAUGUGUGUUUGAAUUUUGUUUGUUUUCAGUCUUUGUUUCAUUUGCUUCAGAAUUUUAGUUCCAGAUUUUACUUUCCAAAUUUUCUUCUUCUCAUUCUUCCUCUUUUCCUCAUCAGGUUUAAACCAUUACUUGUCGGUGUGUGUCGUUUGUACUUCUUGUUUAUAGGUGGUGCUCUUUGGUGGUGGAAGGAGGAUCAUGUUGAACCAUUCCAUGACAGUAUAAUAAUAAUUACUGGUUGUUAGGAUAGUUAAGGUCAGCCUUGCCCUCCCAAGGGAGAUGGCCAGGGCAGCUAAAUUAACAUGCUGGCUGGUGGUGUCCGCCAUUGCGGCACAUUGGUCGGUGGUAACACCUCUUGGGGCCCAAAGGACUGAAUGGAAGUAUGGCUUUGCAGGGUUUUGCAGGUGACAUGACCUGGAGCACAUGGUGGGCCAAUGUUAAGCAAUAAAUGUUAAGCUUCUCCCUUGAAGCUGCCAAGGUCCUGUGUCUCAGGAGUUUCCAAUUGUCCAGAAUACCAUACUGUGUCUCAUAGACACUUGGUUUAGAUGAUGUUCUUAUGUAAUAAAUUCCUAUGGAAUUGUCAUAGCUGUCUUCUUCACAGGUGUUUCAUAUAUUGAACAAGCUUGUGUGCUUACAGUAAACCAUGUUGGUGCGUGAAACUGCAAGAAAGACUUCUCCUAAAGUUACCAGGGGCUCUGCCAGGUUUGCAUGCAGGGUCAAGGGAUACUCAGGUCAAGCCAUGCCAUGCUGGAGCAGCAGGAGAAAGGGGGCAGGCAGGAGUGUAGACUUCAUUUGAAUUUGAUGUCUAAUGCAGUUAUUAUCUGAUAAUGAAUAGUGGAGGUAAUGGAAGCCCUCUUGAAGCCAGGGAGUUUGAGACACAAUCAUGUAUUGUGAAGAAUUUGGUGUCUGUGUAUGUGAUCUGUUGGUGAGGGUCUUCUAAGAUUUAUUGAUCAUAUAAAGCAGAAAGAUUGCCCUGUAAUUGGGCACAUAGAUGUGGAUACAUUUCGUAGGCCUAGUGUGUCAUAUGUGAAAUAGCAAGCAAUUAAAAAUGACAUUUCUGUUAUUCUUUGAACUCUGCAAUUACUCUUCCUAGCAGUUUGUAGCAAUAUCUUGUUACCAGAUGAUGUAAUGAUGGAACUGGUCAGUUGCAUAUUUUUGAAAAAUGAAUUUGUAUUUUUCAAAUGAUAGGCUUACCAUGUUUAUUUUGAUACUUAAAAAACAUCUUAGGUUGUAAUUUACAGAUUCCCUGAAGGUUUUAAAAUGACCAUGUACUCUGCUUGUAUGUGACUAAUUAUAUUAUUCAAUAUUUUUAUUUUAGUUUUAUUAAUUUGGCUUUAUAAAAAUUUUACAUUUUGGUUAUUUUUACUUUCUUUCAUUGUAAUGAUCAGGGUUUUGAAAAUAAGUAUGUCACAGAUCAAAUUACCAAGUUAAUAAGAUAGUUAUAAGAUAGGAUAGCUAGUUCUUUGAGGUUUGCUGUGUAUGAAUGUAAGAAAAGCCUGGAUAUUCCUUCUCUAAUGCACAAAUCUCAAAUGCUGACUGUUGUACUUAGUACUUAGGAGGUUUUCUGAGUACUGAAAAAGGAAAGUUUACAGUAGAUAUGGACCUCUUUUGUCAUGUUCCCCAAAUAAUUUGUUUGUUUGCAGAAAUUUUCAUAAUGGCAAAACAUUAUACAAAUACAUAAACGCACAAGAGCACACUUGUAUAAUCGUACAUACAUUCACAUAUAACUACUUUUUAUAUAAAACCUUUAUCUCAGAGGUGUUCACUGUAUAAAGCCUGACUUAGUUGUAAUAUUUCAAAAUGUUGGCAAGCAGUUGUAAAGGGAAAGAGAAAAGGAAGUCCUUUUGUUUACAUGCUUAACCUUUUCCUUUCAUCUUGUUUGUGAAUAUCCAGGGCUUUUUAUUUUCUUAUCUCUAGGUGAAGUUACAGCAACUUGCGCCCAGUCAGUGAAUUAAAGAAUUAUAAUCAUGUACUUACAGAUUUAGAGGAUCUAGGAGAACCAACUCCCAAUGGUAUAUGAGUGAGAUGUUAUCUGAUAAGUGCAAGCAAAAAAAAAA